AUGGCAGCAAGGAGAUCGUAUCUUGGGGGGAGAAAUGGAAGACAAAUUCGUCAGAAGCAAGGAAGACAGAUUGUCAGCGGCAGAAGAAAAGGCUCUAUUGAUUCUUCAAUUGUACCCGUGGUCGAAUAUAUCAACGAAUCUUGUAAUUACUUCACGACGAGUUCAUGCUCUGGGAGAAUCAUCAUCCUUGAACAGUCGACGUCUAGCAAGGCACCCACAAAAAGGGGCUGCAAAUGGCAUUAUACAUCUCAUAACAAGUCCUCAGCUAAAGAUGUGAUGGACUCUUUGCAGUGUUGUGAAGAGGAUUUAGUGUUCAAGUUUGAACCGUUCAUCAUGCACAUCCAGUGUAGAUCUCUCCCGGAUGCCCAGGCUAUGCAUUCUGCAGCUGUGGCAUCUGGCUUCCGUAAUUCUGGAAUAACAAUCAGCUCUAAAGGAAAAACUAUGAUGGCUUUGAGGAGCUCACAUGGCCUGGAGGUGCCACUGUCACAUAAUGGUCAGCUUCUGGUCAGUGAACAGUACAUAACAUUUUUAGUUGACAUUGCCAACCAAAAGAUGGAAGAAAAUUUGAUACGAGUGGAAAGAUUUUUUGAAGCUAUCCAGAAAAUUCAGUGUAAGGAAGAGAAGUUGCCAAAAACUAAUAAAUCCAAGAGAAAAGGCAAAGAAAGUGAAGUUAAAGACUUCACAGGCCAUGUGGACAGUCAAAAAACUGAGAGCCAGAUGCACCUAUCACACAGAAUAACUUCAGAGGACACCUUUAACAGUUGUUUGGGGUUAUUCCAGACAGAUUAAUGACACCAGGUGUUACGGGUUAUUCCAGAUAAAUUGACAGUAGGUGUUUAGGGUCAUUUCAACCAGGUCACAGUUACCAGGUGUACGGUUAUUCCACACAGAUAAAGGACACAAAUGUUUCAGGAUGUUCCUAUUACACAGUAUAGCUUCAGGGGACACUAUCAAAAGUUGUUAGGUUUUUCUGGAAUAAGCCCCAAUCACACAGAAUUCAUGCCACCUCACAUUCUUAACUUGGAAUUCACCACCAUGCAGUCGUCUUUAAGUAAUGAGAAGGAGAGAUGGUUUUACAUGUUAUUCAAUGGACAUUCAGGUGAACAUUGUACGUUGCAAGCACUUAUUUCAAGUGUCUGGAGUGUGCCACCUCUCACACCUUGGUGUAAGGGAGACGACUCUCACAGAUCAAUUACACUUGCCGACAUUUGUAUGAAUAUCACUUUGUAUAUUGUUUAAUUUAUAGAUUAAAACAUUAAACUUUGUGAUGGCAUUUGGAAGUGCAAGUUCUGCAAAGCUCCACUACCCAAUGACUAUUUGUGUAUUUGAUUCAGGUGUAAACCUCAACUUGAAAAACUGGUCCUUUCCAACCACAGAAAGCACUUUCUUCUGUUCUGAGUAUAAAGCAAUUCUUUGUAUCUGCUA